AGGUCACAUUCCUUAGGAUAUGCUCGUAGUCGGACUGACCGGAGGCAUUGCAACAGGAAAAAGUACAGUAUCACAUCUUCUACGUCGUCUUGGAUGUGCUGUCAUUGACGCAGACCAGAUCGCACGUCGUGUCGUGGACCCCAACAAACCCGCAUGGAAAACAAUCAGAAAGCAAUUUGGAAACACAAUCCUACUACCCGAUGGAAGUAUAGACAGAGAGAAGCUAGGAACGAUAGUAUUCAAUGAUUCAGCUAAGCGUCAAUUAUUAAACUCUUGCACACACACGCCCAUUUUUCGUGAAUUACUAUGGCAACUGCUGGUUAAUUUUAUUAAAGGGGAACAUCUGGUUAUAUUGGAUGUCCCAUUGUUAUAUGAGAGUGGAAAGCUUGUACACCUCACUCACAGGAUUGUUGUUGUGGCAUGCAGUCCAGAGGUCCAACUGCAAAGGCUCAUGCAAAGAAAUGGCCUGACUAAAGAUGAAGCAAUCAAGCGAGUCAAUGCACAGAUGCCACUCGACGAGAAGCGACGUCGAGCUACACAUGUGAUUGAAAACGAUCAGAGUAUUGAAGAUACAAGGCGUCAAGUAGAGGAAUUACAUAGAGAAUUAUGUGACUCGUGGAUGUAUAUUAUAGUUAGAUUUCUCAUUGCACUAUUCAUAGCUUUUCUCAUAAUAGCAAUUAUCUCAAGUUUCUCUUAGUUGACUGGAUACAACAGUAUCCG